UAAUGUUACUUUCUGAGACUUUUAUUUUGAAAACAGCGGCCAUGUUUUAACUUCCGGCUGGGUUUACUGUAGCAAAUACUGAUCACUUGUACAUUACGUUUGUUGGAACAUGGCUUUCCAGUGUCAGAGGGACUGUUAUGUGCAGGAGUUCGACACGUGUGUCGUGUCUUGCGUGCCUGCAGAAUUAACCCUCGAGAAUAAUGGAAAGAAAGACAAGCUGAAGGGCUUUAAUCUGAAACUGAAAGACACGAUUCUGUUUCCAGAGGGCGGAGGACAGCCUGAUGAUCAUGGGACGGUUGGAGGUGUCCCUGUCCUGCGAGUGUUGAGACAGGGUCCGGAGGCGGUGCAUUUCAUCAGCUCUGCUCUGGAGGAGGGUCAGGAGGUGCACAUCAAGCUGGACUGGGAGCGACGCUUUGACCACAUGCAGCAGCAUUCGGGUCAACACUUGAUCACAGCUUUGGCUGAUACAAUGUUUGGAUACAAAACUACCUCUUGGGAUUUGGGACGUCAGCGCAGCAGCAUAGAGCUGGACACGGCCGCGGUGAAGCCUGGAGAGAUCGAGGCUUUGGAGGCGGCUGUGAAUGAGAAGAUUCGUGCACACAUUCCAGUCACUGUCAGUCUCCUGUCCAUUGAUGAUCCUGCUGUGGAGAAGGUGAGAAGCCGAGGUCUUCCUGACGACCAUGCUGGACCCAUCAGGAUCGUUGACAUCGAGGGCGUAGAUGCCAACAUGUGCUGUGGGACUCAUGUGUCCAACCUCAGUCACCUUCAGGUUAUAAAGAUUUUGGGGACUGAAAAAGGGAAGAAGAAUAAAACCAACCUGAUUUUCAUAGCUGGCAACAGAGUGCUGAGAUAUGCUGAAAAGAGUUACAGCAUUGAAAAAUCACUGACCGGCCUUCUCAAGACAGGAGCAGAUGAGCACGUUGAUGCUGUGGACAAGCUACAGAAGACGGUCAAACGUCUUCAGAAGAGUAAUCUAAUUAUCCUGAGGGAAAUGGCUGUUCUGAUAGCGCAGAACUUCAAAAACAAAGCGGACAGAGGAAACUUCUUCAGCUUACACAAUAAAGACGGUGAUAAUGAGUUCAUGAACAUCAUCGCAAAUGAAAUUGGAUUUCAGGACACAGUGAUCUUUCUGACCGUGGGUGAGGAGAAGGGUGCAGGACUAUUCUUGCUCGCAGGGCCUGAGAAUAUCGUCACUGAAGUGGGACCUCGGGUGUCAGAGCUGCUGCAGGGUAAAGGAGCAGGAAAGGCUGGACGUUACCAGGGUAAAGCCAACAGUCUGGUGAAGAGAGCAGAGGCUGAGGCUUUACUGAAGGAGCACAGCUGCAAACUCAUCGCAGGAGAGGAAUAAAACGACCGCAGACAGACGCUGACAUUCAGGUGCAGUCACGACGAUCCAGACUCUGUCUACACCGAACACAUGCAUCAUGUUGUGACACGUCAAAACUAGAUUGUUUUGUUGCAGUCAACGGAGCGGUCCACACUGGAAGCGCACAGUACUUUGCAACACAUCAUGAUGCAUCUUCAGUUGAUAGAGGCUCCAUUUCUGUUUUUACAUGCACGACAUAACUACUCCAGCCUAUUUUUUUUCCCCGCUCCAUCUAAAAAAAUAUAUAUGUUUCCAUGCUGUAGGUUUAUUAAUUAUACUGUAUAUUAUACUUCUGACUUGUGAUGUUUUGGACCUUCAGAUUUAAAUAAUUUUACUAGAGUUUUACAGAGUACCGACAUGUAAAGUUUUUUUCGCUGUUCUUAAAAAGCCCAUGCAAAUGUAGUUUUUAAAUGAAUGGAUUUCUAAGUGGAAAUUUAAAGAAACAAAUUCUAAAUUAUAUUUGCACUCUUACAGCUGAUUGGUCUGUAAACAUUUGUAGAUAACAUGCCGCUUCAAUACAUCCAGUGCAGAAAAACUCGACAUUGUUUGCUUCCAUUGUUUGCUACCUCCAAAAAGGACAAAUAAUCACUGUAAAUAUGUGCCAUUAAAGUCUUCCAUACGAGUCAUUUGCUAUAAUCCAAGUCUUUAGAUGUCUAUUUGUGUUGAACAGAACACAAUAUAAAUGAUGACAAUGUUUGCUUGUGUUCCCUUUAAGAUCACAAAGUAGGGCUGGAAAAUCAAUGUGUUCAUUUGUUCUGCAAUCAGGGAUUGCUUGUAGUUUUGUUUUAUUGUGCCAGUGAUCACUAUACAUAAAACUGAUUGAAUACUAAAAAUGAUUGUAUUUGAAAUGAAGUAUUUGUCUCCAGUUGGGUUUCAAUCAUACCUGACUGUACCACACAGCUUGUGCUAAUAAAUAAAUAAUCUCCCAAAUGAAAUUGUUUUUGAGGCUAUUGAUUUAUAGUGCAAUUCAGAUAAGGUUCAUGCUUGACUCACACCUGUUUUAUUGGAGAUGAUUUGAUUAAUCAGAUGGGUUUUUGGGUAACAUGCAAUACUCCAUCUAAAAACAAUUUUUAAAAUUCUUUUAUAUGGCAUUUUUUGACCUCAUAUACUGCAUAAAAUAUUAGCAGUUUUAAAAAUACAUUCAUUUGUACGUUAUAAAUUUAAUAUUGAUACAUUAUGUGCCAACAAACCUUGUUGUUUGAUAGAAAGUGUAGAAAAAAUGCGGUAACACUUUAUUUUGAACACUCUUGACAAUAAGUAGCAUUGCACCUACAGUACAUGUCAACUAACUCUCAUUAGAUUAUUAGUGGAGUGUCUGCUUCAUAUCUGCUACCACUUUUUGUGGUAGUCUCCCAACAGAUAUACUACUGACUAUAAGUAACUUUGCAAGUGCAUGUCAACA